ACCAAAAAUAUCAAAACUAUUCAAAUCAAGAAAAAAAACUGAAGAACACACUGCUAAAAGUUCUGAUGAUUUCUCUUUUCUUCCGAAAUUAACUGUACAGCAAACUAUUAUUGUUUCAUAAUCCCAAUGGCUACUGUCGCCACUGGUGCAGUGGUUGGACUAGGAGCGGUGAAACUCCAUUCACUCUGCAUCAAACCACACUCUUCAUUUCUUGGCAAGAAGUUUAAUCUUAAAACCAUUUCUGAAUCAAGUGCCCAAAGAAAUUUCUCCACUUCCAGGUCUAGGAAUCUAGUAGUUUUCGCCUCAGGAGGCGAAGUAUUCAAUUUUGUUCAUGAUCUUUUUCUGGGAGUUGGGGUUGGACUUCCCUGCACAGUCAUGGAGUGUGGUGAUAUAAUUUAUAGGAGCACGCUGCCACGAUCAGAUGGGAUCACUGUUACUGUCCCUGGUGUGAUUUUAGCACUGGGCACUCUUUCGUAUCUCUGGGCUACACCUGGUGUGGCUCCUGGGUUCUUUGAUAUGUUUGUACUUGCUUUUGUUGAGAAAAUCUUUAGACCCACUUACAGGAAGGAUGACCUUGUAUUGGGGAAGAAAUUGGGUGAGGGAUCUUUUGGUGUGGUUUAUAGGGCUUCCUUGGCUAAAAAGCCCUCAAAGGAUGGUGACAUAGUCUUGAAAAGGGCGACUGAAUAUGGAGCAGUUGAGGUAUGGAUGAAUGAGCGUGUGAGAAGGGCUUGUGCAAAUAGCUGUGCUGAUUUUCUAUAUGGUUUUCUUGAGAGCUCUUCAAAGAAAGGGGCUGAGUAUUGGCUGAUAUGGCGGUUUGAAGGGGUAGCCACACUUGCUGAUUUGUUGCAGAGUAAAGAAUUUCCUUACAAUGUGGAAGCAAUGAUACUUGGGGAGGUUCAGGAUUUGCCCAAGGGGAUGGAGAGGGAAAACAGAAUCAUACAGACGAUCAUGAGACAACUGUUAUUUGCAUUGGAUGGUCUACACUCAACAGGGAUUGUUCAUAGAGAUAUUAAGCCCCAGAAUGUUAUUUUCUCUGAAGGUUCUCGAACAUUCAAAAUCAUUGAUCUUGGAGCUGCUGCUGAUUUGAGAGUUGGCAUCAAUUAUAUUCCUAAAGAGUUUCUGUUGGAUCCUAGAUAUGCUGCACCUGAACAAUACAUUAUGAGCACUCAGACACCCUCCGCACCCUCAGCUCCGGUUGCAACAGCGCUUUCCCCUGUUCUGUGGCAGUUGAAUCUACCAGAUAGAUUUGACAUCUACAGUGCAGGUCUCAUAUUUCUACAAAUGGCAUUCCCAUCAUUGCGAAGCGACAGUGCUCUCAUUCAAUUCAACCGUCAAUUAAAGAGAUGCAAUUAUGACUUGGUUGCAUGGAGAAAAUCUGUCGAGCCUCGUGCUAGCCUAGAACUUCGACGAGGAUUUGAAUUGUUAGAUCUGGAUGGUGGAAUAGGAUGGGAACUUUUAACAUCAAUGGUUCGGUAUAAAGCACGCCAAAGAAUUAGUGCAAAGGGAGCGCUAGCUCAUCCGUACUUCGACAGAGAAGGCCUAUUGGUUUUGUCCUUCAUGCAGAAUCUACGGCUCCAAUUCUUCCGGGCUACGCAACAGGACUAUAGUGAAGCUGCCACAUGGAUUGUUCAGCUCAUGGCAAAAUCAGGAACGGAGCGUGACGGAGGCUUCACUGAAGCACAGCUGCAGGACCUCAGGGAAAUUGAGCCUAAGAAGAAGUCGAGUGCACAGAGGAAUGCCCUUGCAUCAGCUCUUCGGAUUCGAAGGAAGAUUAUUAGGACAAUAAAUGAGAGUAUUGAUGAACUUAACCAGAGCAGGAAGAGUUUAUGGUGGAGCAGAUGGAUCCCAAGAGAAGAAUGAUCACUGUAUAUAUACUACACCUUCUCACUGUUUAUGUAAAUUUUUUGCAGUCAUCAUCUCUACAAGAAAUGUAAGGAGUGACCUAAUGUUUAAUGUGGUGAAAAACAUUAGUGCAAAUAUCUGCUUUGGUAUUAAAAGAAAAGCAAAUGUACACUUGAUUACUUUUCAUAUUACAGAAAUAUAGAGUUGAAUUUGCUA